GCGGGGAGGGGAGAGAUGCUGAGCAGCACAGCCCGAAGCAUCCGUAUUCCCCUACAGUAGCGCCGCUCUCCCUCUUUUACUGCUGCUGCUGCCACUGAGCCAUUAACCUAUUCCUUCCCCGCCGCACCCUGUUACCUCUCCCUGUGCCCCAGCCGCAGCCACAAGCCCAGCCCAGACUGCUGCAGAAUCUGCCCCUGCUGCCCCUGGUCCUGUCUCCGACUCCUUCCCCUGGUCCUGUCUCCGGCUCUUCCCCUGGUCCUGUCUCGGCUCUUCCCCGAGCAUCAUGUCUGCAGGGGGAGAUUUUGGAAACCCUCUGAGAAAAUUCAAGCUGGUUUUUCUUGGAGAGCAAAGUGUUGGCAAGACAUCUCUCAUCACAAGGUUUAUGUAUGACAGUUUCGACAACACAUACCAAGCUACAAUUGGAAUAGACUUUCUUUCAAAGACAAUGUAUCUGGAGGAUCGGACGGUUAGACUGCAGCUGUGGGACACUGCUGGCCAGGAAAGGUUCCGCAGCCUCAUCCCCAGUUAUAUUCGGGACUCCACCGUGGCCGUGGUGGUUUAUGACAUUACAAACCUGAACUCAUUCCACCAAACAUCCAAAUGGAUCGAUGAUGUCAGAACAGAAAGAGGAAGUGACGUCAUAAUAAUGCUAGUUGGCAAUAAGACAGACCUUGCAGACAAAAGGCAGAUAACCAUCGAGGCAGGAGAGCAGAAAGCAAAGGAGCUAAAUGUCAUGUUUAUUGAGACAAGUGCCAAAACAGGAUAUAAUGUUAAACAGCUCUUUCGCCGAGUUGCCUCUGCUCUUCCUGGCAUGGAGUGUUCAGAAGAGAAAAGCAAAGAUGGAAUGAUUGACAUCAAACUUGACAAACCACAAGAGCCGCAGGUGGCCGACGCCGGGUGUUCCUGCUAAUUUGCCCGGAAGAACCUACCAACUACCAGAGGCCGGAUGCUUUGCCCAAAACACUUUCUUUUGGUUAGCCUGGAAAAGAAAAUCUUUUGGAUGCCAAGCCUAUAGAAUGUCGAACAACCUUUCAUUUACUCCACAAAUUGACAGCGACUCCCUCCCACAUAUCUUUUCUCAGUUUUGGGUUGUAACCCUUUAGUGACCAUGUCCAUAUUUCGCUCAGCAUGCACAGGUGGCAGAACUUAUAUAUAUAAAAGAAUAGGCCUCCUCUAAGACACAUAUGAAGUAUGUGUAUUUGUGUAGGUAACGUGGUCAUUAAGGGGUUCAUUUCCUUUUAUCUUUUCAUUGAACAUAUCACUUCCAGUUUUCUCUCUUUUUUUUCUGACCCUGUGUUUGCGCCCCUUACUCUUCAUUUGCUCACAACUCCCCCCCAAACAUCCUCCCCCACUCGAGAUAAGGAAAACAUAUCUGUGGAAUCACAUUUUUUUUAUAAUAAUAAUAUAAUAUAUAUAUAAUCUAGAUGCUAGAAGCUGACAUUUCACAGACGGAUAGUAAAUAUUGUGACUGAUGUUCUCCACAUAUCAAGAACCCCCGUGAAACAUAGAGCUGACGGAGACUUGCAGUACAUACUCACAUUGGUAACCCCACUUCUCACUAAGCUUACAUCGCCUUUCAGCCGACUAGGUUAUCUUCUGUUUCUCAGUCUCACUAAUCAGCCCUCGGAAGAAAAAAAUGGAAAAUCUUGCCUCUAAAUGCAAUUACUACCAUUUUAUUUUUUCACUUUUUGUUGUAAAAUACUAUUGUACUUUAUUAAAAUUGCCAAAAACUCAA